GAAAUGCAGCGUGAGCAAAUUUUCCUCUAGAAAAUCCGGAAACUCUGCCGACGAGGACGAACGCUACCCGCUGGCUUCAAGCGUGGGAGGUGGAAGAGGUAGCUAUCCGAGAGGAGCAGAAAGAAGUGUCAGUUUCCCGUAGCCAAGUGUGAGUGUGUGUCUGCUUCGGAAUUCGUGUGUGCAUCCCGCCGUGAGUGAGAGUUGUGCGGUUUAGCCUACAUCACGACCAUAGCACAAGCGGACGGACCCAGUUUCGGUUCGUUAGGUUGUCCCGUCGCUGCUUCCCGCAGGAUCCUAGGAGAAGAAGAAUAAGUUUGAAGUUUUGUGCCAGGUGUGAAGAUUAUCCAACUCCCCUCCCCCCGCAGGUAGCUAUCCUCCAUCGUGUGGUGUCGUGUGUUUUUAUCCGACAUAGAGGGUGCCGGGUGUGUGUGCAGUGCAGUUGACCCGUGUUGAGUGAUUCGAGAGUGCUUUUUUAUUUUGCUGCCAGCGAAGAGGAGCUUGCCGGACUAAGAAGAAAGCGAAAAGAGUCCUGGUUUUGCAACCCGGGAAGGGGGUGGUACAAAUUUACGCCUCGGAUUAUAAAUGAAGGAUGAUGAAAAAAGCGUGAAACGUUUUUGGAAUAAAUUUCCACUGUGCUCGGUGGCCAGAUAAGGGGUGCUUUUUGCUCGCGUUCGGCUCGAGAAUACAGAGUGACACAAGUUUGUGGGUGUUUUAGAAGUUUGAGUUGAGGAAUUGGUUUAGCAUAGAGGUGCCUCCGUAUCAGUGGAAGUAACACAGUGAAUGUGCAAAACAUCGUCAUCGUCUCACGCUUGAAUCUAUUCUGGGCGAGCUUGGGAAUAAUGGGAAAAGCGUUUCCGCCGUUGAAGGACAAGUGCUACGAUCCCCCGCAUUCCUAACCAGCACCACGUACUCUCAACUACUAGCAGUGUAUUUCCAUUCCGUUACCAAAUUCCACAUUCCUGUCUUUUUCCACCCACAGCAAAGUUAGGAAAAACACCCCCAAAUCAAGCGAAAUACACAAACACGUUUAAUUGUUCCAAGCGAGGCAGAAAGUUCCACAAAUAGAAUAGUCCACCGACGCAGCAGCAGUGGUGAGCUCCACACCAAACCCAGGCCGUCAUUGGCGGUAGGAUCGCGCACAAGACUAACGUCACGACGACCACCCAGCUGCUCCCCUUGCCGUCGGUUUAGCCGUCGGAAGCCAAGCCAACCGUAUAAUAUACAAGACGAAACUCGCGCGUGUGUUACUUCCUGCCUGUCCCGGUAUACUCUCUAAUCUACAUCGUGAUAAAGUAACAUAAAAAAAAAGCAAAUAGUCACAUUCGUACAGACGCACAAAAACCCACCCACUCCAAAAGCCCGCACGCACUCACUAUCUACUCGAAAGCACGAAAGCUCCUCGCAACCUCGGCACAAUCCUUCGCAAUUAGGGGGAGGAAACGCAACAGCUGAAGCAACACAACAGAACCAGCUGAAACCGGAAAAAUCUCAGCGAAGCAAUGGAUAAAAUUUGGAUAACAUUUGUGCUGCUGAUAAUCGCAAUCAUCUUGGUGCAAACAAACUGCCAGUCAGUGGUGAAUGUGCAGCUGGUGGUGAAGAAAUACGUCGAAAGGGGCAGCGCUGUGGCCCUGUAUUGCGAGAACGACGCCUCGCCCGAUAUCCUGUAUAAGGUAACAUUCCUGAAGGGCAGCAGUAAAAUAUUCGAAUACAUCAAGGGCCGGAAUCCGCCCUACCGGAACUUUUCCAUCCCAGGUGCUGAGAUAGAUUGGAAGAAGGUGUCUCCUUCCACGUUGGUGCUGAAGAACGUCGAUUACGAGGCGACCGGUACCUACUAUUGCGAGGUUUCCACCGACACUCCCAUCUACACGAAGGCAUCCAACGAAGAGCAGCUACACGUUAUGCUUCCACAAAAAGGACCACCGAAUAUAGAGUUCGAAAAUAAGAAGCAACUCUACUAUGGGGAUAUGCUGGUAGCCAACUGCACGACAUCCCGGGCACGGCCAGCGCCACACAUCACCUGGUUAAUCAACGGCAAACAGGUGGACGACUCGCACGUUCGACAGCUCCACCAUGGCUCGAAAAUUAGCCAACGCUCGAAGCAACAACAGCAGCAGCAGCAUCACCAACAGCAGCAGACCCUGCCCCCUUCCUCGAUGUAUCAGCACGGCAAGGUGGUGGUCGAUUCGUCCAGCUCUGGCGGGUCGCUAAUCGGCACGGGGAACAGCCUGAAGGAUCUCAAGGCGAAGGCGAAGGCUGUUGACGAGGAACUGCAAGUGAAGGCAGCGAAGGCAUCGCUGGCGGCCGGAAUCAACGGUUACAAUGGAUACAACGGAGGCGGUGGCUUCCAGAUUCAGCCCAAUACCGACUACAAUAGCUUCGACGGAAGGUACAACUUCGGCAUGAAGAUGUAUCAUCGGGAGCGGAGUGGGGGCAUUGGAGGCGCCACCGUCGGGGCCGAUCGGAUGGGCGAUGAGGCGAACGAGGAGGGAGAGGAGAGUGAUAAAAAGACUUUUUGGAUCAAAAGCGAGCACCACUAUUUCGACAAUAAGGACGAACCGCAGCAUCAGCUGCAGCACUAUGACAAUGGAUAUCGGAAGCAUCGCAAUUCGUACGAGCACAAAUACCGAAGGCAUGUGUCCGACGCGACCGGGGAAGUACGCAAACUGCAUCGAGUCUCCGCCAGCUACAGCCAGCUGUCGAUCCGGAUAACGGAGGCACUCACGAACAACCUUGGCCGGAUAGAGAUCACGUGCUUGGCGACGAUCCCCGCCCACGUGAAUUCGGGCGAGGAAUACGCCGAUUACAAGACGUCACUCAUAAAGAUUGACAUCGAGCAGCGGGAUCUGACGUCGCCGGAACCGUCGACGAAUUCGCUGGCGCAAGCCAAGUCUGACGCGGUGCAGACCUCCAACUUCCAGGCGACCUCCAGCCUCUGCCGGAACCUGCUGGCGGUGCAGUGUGGCAUCGUGGUGCUGCUGCUGUAUCACCGUAGAUCGGCCGCGGCGUGGUUUCUGCCCUCCUCGCUGGCGUAAUUUACCCACACUGUCCCAAUCGUAGCGCCAACAUCCAAAUGACAAGUACUUGUACGCGAAAGAAAUGAUCCGAAGUAAGCAGCCAGAUGCGAUGUGGGGUUGGUGGAAUGAAAUAUGGAAGCUGUCCCGGGAAGGACGGUCUGGCGGCCAGCAACAGUCCGACAGCGAUUGUAAAAAUGAAAAGAGAUCAAAACGCUUUGCGCCGUAUGCAAACUCUGUACAGAGCCAAAUAAAAAUUGUGUAUCAUUAAAACCGAAAGCGAGUCCGAAUACGAUUGCAGAGAGACAAGGUUAGUUAAUUGCACCCCAACAACGUGCGAUAUUUUUCUAAGCGUACUGCAAAUUGAACAUCAAAGGAAACCCCAAAAAAAUAUAACGGUGAAAAUGUACGUAACGGUACUAGGCGGUAGGUGAAUUAGUUUGUAAAAUUAAACCAUAGCGGGAGGGCGGCUUCUCUCCGGGAACAAGUAAACAAAAGCGCGUUUAUUUCAACCUAAAAAUAAUACAACGUAACGUGAGUUGAAUGGUUGGUACGAAGCGCGAAAAAAUAAUAAUAAAAUAACUCUAACGCACGAGAGUGAACGUAAAUGGUGACAAUUCAUUUUUUCUAACAACAACAAAAAAUGCAGUAAAAUAGAACCUAGAAACUGGAGCAGCAGAUUUAGAGUGUAAACAAAUCAAUAAAAUCCCAGUAGCCGAGGAGCAAACAAAAGAAUGAAUAAUGAACCGCGAACGGAAAAUAAAAAUCAAUAAUUAACUCAGUAGGCUCGGAGCGAAUCAAAUGAAUGUCAACUUUUGUGUGCGUGUUGAGAAACGAAACAGAGCGAAGACACGGGGAAGCGAUGAAAGGAAACUUUUAAUUCAGUUCAGCAGUCGUUGCAGGGUGAGUGAAAUAUAUUUGAAUUAUGUGGGUGACGGGCGGUCGAUGUAACGAAACGGAAAGUUUCGCGUUUUCGCAUUCUACGGAGAUCGGUUGGACGUGACACUCGGGCAGCUUCUGCUCGUUGGACUAGCAGCGAAAGGGCCAACAAAUGCCAAUUUAAGGGAUUCCCAUGAUCGCGGGAACAUCAAAAAGUUAGGUUAAGGUUGUUUACAAGGAGAACGGAAACUAGGCUCAUCGUGAUUUGUUACGUUUUGUGUUGGGUUUAUCGAACAUCAGACGGAAGAGAGGAAUUUUUAUUAUCGAAUGCUGAUGGAAAGUAUUUGGCUGAAGUUUGACGGUGAAGUUCAUUAUGCACGGGGAAAUAUAAAUCGUUUUUUGAACAAAAACAAUUUAAAACAAUUCUUAUCUAACACCACAAGAACUCGAAAAGAUCCCAAUGAAACUUAUACAAUGAUUAGAAAGUAAACUUUUAAAAAUCACAAAAUACGGAAAGCUUAGAGAUAAAUGUAGAAUACACUGGAAUAUUCAACAACGCGUGAGCUCUUCAAAUGCAGGCGUAACAAGGAUUCAAAAAGACAAAGUCCUGUAGGAUGUUGUGGUUCUUCUCAGUUUCUUUACACUGACAUGUUUACUGUAUCCCUCUGUCGACAGUGAACCCAAAACCUUAUCAUUUCACCAUGAUCCUCCAUCACAUUAAGAGAAUGGAGUCGCAUUAUCCAUCAUUAACAUCAAUAACCUUGAGCCACCCAAAAUUUCCGUUUGGUUCGCACUGGUGGGUGUGAGGGUAAGAUGCCCCACCAUUAAAAAUCAUGUAAAUCGCCGUAUUUGGCAGGAUUUUUCUGCUUCAUAAAUCUUUUAGCUUCAUGAUAUAGUAAUAAAUGAAAAACCACAUGAUUUCAUGCAACUUUGGGCGCUUUUAUAAUAAGACUUUUGAAGCAUUAUAAACUAAUUUGAUUUUUGCAAACUUCAAUAUAUUCUCGAAUGUUACCAGAGUUAUCGAUUGAGUUUGAAUAAACAAAUGUUAAAAUCAUUUUUAUAUUAAAAUGCAAUUUUCUAAUCCAUCUCAUAAUGCGGCACAUAGCUCCAGUAUAGAAAUAAAAAACUAUGGAUGGGUUAUACCUAUGGUAUAACCGCAAGGUUGACGUAGGACUGCCGUUGGCUUAGUAAUCAAUUGUAUUUCAUCAAUUAGCAAUAAUACUACCUCGGAUGUUCCUCAUUAGGUACGAUAUCGCAGCUGCGUAUAGCUAUCUUUUGCGUGCAUUGAUUAAAUUAUUGAUUAAACUAGUGGAUGAAUGAAACUAUUUACGAAUUCAAUUGCAAACAAAUCUCAUUUCAAAUUAAUUCAUGCAUUAUGGUGGUAGUUAUCGCAGCAAAUAGUUAUCAACAUUUUACCUUUUGCGGUAUGUGUAGAAGUUCAGUGAGCUGGCUACAUGAAGAGAUAUCUUCUAAUGCAGUCUAGAAUAAUCGAGCCAAAGCGUUGCAUUUGUACCCGCUUUUGCAGACCGUGUGAGCAAAACGAAUUCCAAUGUGUAAAAACGCAUGAGGGUAUAAAAAUAUUGCCGAUUGAAAUGUAUCUGCAAUGCCGAUUUUCUUGGUUUCGGAAUCUGUAUUGGGAAAACACAUUCCGGUUUGCAAAAAUACAAGCGAGUACAAGUACCCGCACCCCACAUGUAUUUUGCAAUGCCGAUUUCCCCAGGCUUCACGAUUUUAAAGUCUGUGUUAGGGAAACAUUCCGAUUUCCAGAAACGCAAGCCAGUACAACAGUACCCGCAGCUUGCAUUUAUUUUGCAAUGUCGUUUUCCCCAGGCUCCAUGGUUUUGAAGUCUGUGUUAGGGAAUCAUCCUUCUAUUCCAUCGAUCGUACCUCAAUCGUUGCGCAAUCAUAAAUGAGUGGAUUUCCGAGCGGCACUCGCUUAUAUACCGAUUGGUGUGAUUUCAAUAGCCUGCUUUGAAUGCAAUUUUAGGGCUAUUGAAACAAGUUUUUGGAUCAAAAAGUAACAAGCAUAUAACGCGUAGACAUUUUAUCUUUCGAGUGAAGUGAUUAUCAUACCAUUUCCUUCAGUUGUUUAGGAGCUAUUAACGCUCAAAAUCUGGUUCUCCGGCGUAACACUUUCGUUCUCGAAACUUUGAACUUACACCCCAGUAUAGAAAUGAAAGACGCAGUCCUAAGUCAAAAAAAGAGUUAAUCAGUGUCAGUGUUACCAAAUCACUCAGAUAUUUACUGAAAUUGUUUUAUGUCUAGAUGAUUUCUGAAAAGCAUAAAACCAAUUUCUCAUAUCUGUUCUUGUAUUAUGUAAUAAAAACCAGAACGAACAAAAUUAUUUCAAUGCUUCUGACUACUACAAUCCUUCCAUUAUUACGAAUAAUACAAACCUUAAAAUCAAAACAAAAACUCAUAAAUAUAAAGGCCAAAAAUCUGGCAGCCCAUUUGUGAACAGCCGCACGUAGCAAUAUACUUUUGAACAGCGGCACAUUUUAAUACGUUUGUAAACAAAAAUAUUGGAUUCCAAAUUAUUCGGCGUUUGACAACAAAAAUACUUAGAAAUUUUGUGGCAUCUGACGAUUUUCAAUAAGUGAAAUUAUGAAUUUCACACUUAUCAAUUAGACAAAAGCGUCAAAAUCAUCUUUUUUUCAGAUUUUAUAGCCGUUCAGCCUUUCUAUACUCGCGCAAAGGUCUGACAGACAAAGCAUCAAUGAGGUGGCUGAAUUAAAUGACAAUUAAAACUGAAUGAAGCUUCAAUAAAAAAUAUUUUCUGGAGUUUAUUCACUCAAUUACAUCUUUUUCUUCGAAUAUAUACCAUUAAUCCUGUGUAUUUUUACAAUAACAAUAUCACAGAGACGCGCACAGUCCAGAGUACACAAAUUACGAUUUCUCGCGCGAGUACAAUGUUAAUUACGGUUAACUGAAAUUUUGCAAAACAGAUUUCUCGAUAUUUUCCAAAAUUACAGUGACUAGGCCCUGUAGGGAAACUCUGGGUAAGACGCACCGUGUCUGUAAAACGCACUAUCAUGAAAAAUCAUGGAAAACGCAGUAAUCGGCUGGAUUUUUCUGUACUUAUAACUUACUUUUUUCAUUACAAAUACAAUUAAAUGUAUUGUAGCACCAAAAAUCACAUCUAUCUUUAUAAAAUAAUAAUAUAUUGGAUUGGGGAAAAAGAAAUGUCGUAUAUUGUCAAUAUAUGGUCACACUUGAACAUACCUUGUGUUGUACUUAUCGCAUCGGGUCAUACUAUACGGCUAUUUGAAGACGACAAUCUGUGCUGCAAGUGUCGUUUUGACAGUGUUGUGAUUGUCCUUUUCUGUCUCAAGUUAUAGCGCGUCAAAGAUGGAGUCCACCAAGCAAGAAAUUCGCCAUAUUUUACGUUUUUACUACCUGCGAGGUAAAACUGCAACGAAGGCGGCCGAAAAAAUUCGUGUAGUUUAUGGACCCGAUAAUGUAACGAUUCGCAUAGCACAGCGUUGGUUUGAUCGAUUUCGUUCUGGAGUAGUGGCUGUCGAAGAUACACCCCGUACUGGUAGGCCAAUCGUCGUGGAAACCGAUAAGAUCGUUGAAAUCAUCCAAGUAGACCGGCAUGUGAGCACUCGCUCGAUUGGCCAGGAACUGGAUAUAGACCAUAAAACCGUUUGGAACCAUUUGCAGAAGAUUGGAUUCCAAAAAAAGCUGGAUGUAUGGGUGCCGUACGAGUUGACUCAAAAAAAUCUUUUAGACAGAAUAAACGCCUGCGAUGCACUGCUGAAACGGAACGAACUCGACCCAUUUUUAAAGAAGAUGGUGACUGGUGAUGAAAAUUGGAUCAUAUACGACAACCUAAAGCGAAAAAAGUCGUGGUCGAAGCGUGGUGAGCCGGCCCAAACCAGCGCCAAGCCCGCAUUGACGGCCAGGAAGGUUUUGCUGUGUGUUUGGUGGGAUUGGAAGGGAAUCAUCCACUAUAAGCUGCUAUGGCCAGACCCUCAACUCGGUUCUCUACUGUGAGCAGCUUGACCGUUUGAAGCAGGCGAUUGGCCAAAAGCGGCCAGAAAUGAUCAAUAGGAAUGGUGUUGUUUUCCACCAGGACAACGCUCGGCCUCACACAUCUUUGAUGACCCGUCAGAAGCUACGGGAGCUCGGAUGGGAUGUCCUAUUGCACCCACCGUAUAGUCCGGACCUGGCUCCAAGUGAUUAUCAUCUCUUCCGGUCCAUGCAAAACGCUCUAGGUGAUACUAAGUUGGCCUCAAAAGAGGCUUGCGAAAACUGGCUGUCUGAGUUUUUUGCAAAUAAGGAGGAGGGGUUAUAUAAGGGGGGGGAUAAUGAAGUUGCCUUCUAAAUGGCAACAAGUUUGCGAACAAAACGGCGCCUAUUUGACUUAAAAUGGAUAAUUUUAAGUAUGUUAAAUAAAGCGUCAAAUUUCGAUCAGAAAUACGACAUUUCUUUUUCCCCAACCCUAUAUUAAAAACUGCAUGAUUUCAUGCAACUUUGACCACUCCUGUCAUAAGCCUUUUGAAGCAAAAUGAAAAUUACUUAUAUUUUGCAAACUCCAAUACAUUCUCAAACGUUACCAGAGCUGUCAGUUGAAUUUGAAUAAACAAAUUUUGAAAAUUCAGUUUUCAUAACAAAAUGCAAUUUUAUAAUCGAUCUCAUAAUGGGGCGCAUCGCUUCUGUAUGGAGAUCAAUAAAGAGUUAGUCAGUUCCAGUGUUACCAAUUCACUCAGAUAUUUUCUGCGAUUGUUUUAUACCCAGACGGUUUCUGAAAAGCAUAAAACCAUUUUCACAUAUCUUUUCUUGUAUUAUGUAAUAAGAACCAGAACGAACAAUAUUAUUUCAAUUGUUCUGACUACUAAAAACCAUUCAUGAUUGAGAAUAAUGCAACUAUUUUGAAUACAAAACACAUACAAUCUCUCACUUAAAAUUCUGAACAACAAAACCCCUAUACAUAAGUAUUCGUUUCAUCCCUAACCAAACACUUAGACAUUUCCCUCGAGCCCCAAUGUUCGCUUCGCCGUCAAACGUCAAACGCCACAUGCCUCCGCCAUAACCAUUUUAAUCGCAGUAACCGUUACAGAGAGCGAUACGGUGCCGAGCAACGACCAACGGAAAAAAAACAGACCGAUUGACUAAUUAAACUUUUAAACUCGCAGCCUGUCGCGAUUACAUGCGCCUCCAAAGUGCGCGCGCUUUAAAAAAGCGCCCUCCUAAAAGCGGGAGGUUAUCCUACCAUAUCCUGCUCUCUCUAUCUCUCAUGCAGGAUCGAGCUGCAGUGUGAGAAAAGAAGAGACAGCGUUUUGUCAUUUCGCCGGGCGAAUGUAUUGUUGUGAAAAAAAAAUUAAAAUAUAUAUUACUGUUUUAUGUUCGCGUCUAUGGUGCUGCCUGCCGACACACCGGGAGGAAUUUAAUUUGGGCCGAACGUGAUGAGCUAGAAAAUAAGCUGCUUUUAUGCAUCUGUUGGUGUUCUCGUUUAUCGUUUUUGUUUUGCCGUGAUAUGGCGAAAGGGAGUAACGUUGUAAGAUACAUUGUUAGUAGAAUAGAAAUAGCGGCGAGAAUGUAGCAACACACUCGGAGUGUAUUUGAGCUUGGAACGCCCCUCGGCUUGCGUUGCGGAUAUCAUUUUAACGGAGGAAAUAUAGAACAAAAAAACUCUAGAUUCUGAUUCGUCGGAUACGAAACGAGAACGAUAAAAUGCACAAAAAACCCGUGAGUGUUUGAAACUACUGAAUUUGUUUUACACGAAGCAAACAAAACUUAACGACUAGAUUUAAAAUCAAUCUCUUUUCUAACCUAGUCAAUUACAGUCAAUCUAUACUUGGAAAUGAAAUAAGUGUGCAAACUCGUGGCAAAUGAGAAUUAUUUUGUGGCCACCAAACAGAGUAUCUGUAUCGAUAAAUGGAUAAUGUAAACAAGAACUUGUUUCAAUGUUUCAGUAAUGGAAAAAAACCCAGAUGUGAACAGAUGUAAGCAAACAAAAAAACAGUCUUAUGACACAAAACAAUGGAACACACAAACGCAGACACUUUCAAGUAAAAACAAAGAAAAAACCAAAAUCAGAACCUAGAAAACUUAAUAUGAUAAAGUAAAAAAGCUUUAAAUGUCGUUCAAAAAACUACCAGAAUUGCAGUUUUACCGAAGUAUAGCGCAGAAAUUUAAAAAUGAAAUGCAGACACUCUCGUACAUACACAACGCAGAAACAAUAUAUUUCUUGUUUUGUUGUUUUGAAUCGUGAACACUAGGGUGAGAAUCGGCUGCUAUAUGGCAAAAAAAAUAAACUCCAAAAUCUACUGUAAAUAACCGCAUUUCACGUUCGCGAUAUAAUUCUCUCUCUCACACACACAUAUACACAAUUUCUCAAGUCAACCACUACAGAAGCUAUCAAGCGCGUGAGAACAAGUGGAUGCGAAAGGACGCGAACAAGGCAAAUAAAACCAAAUCUCAAUGUUUCAUACCUAUACGUGAAUGAUAUAUUAAGAAACAACAACAACAAAAAAGAAACAGACAAACGGAAAGCCACAUUAAAAAAAACUGACUUAAUCGAUAGAGAGAAAUGAAGUGAGAGAAAAUAAAAAAAGAAGCAGACGACAGAGAGCAGAAACACAAGUUUAGAUAAUAGAUAAAUUAUUGAACGAAGUUAGGUAAUUUAAAAUAAUAACAAAAUCCACCAUUCGAGGGGUCCAAAUUGGUGGUAGUUUCCGGUGGCGAUUUUGGGAUGCGAAGCGCCCCCGUCCUUUGGAUUCGAGGGAGCAACAGCACAAAUCCAACAACCUACAACAAAAAAAAACAAAUACACAUAUCAUUCGGUAAGCAAUACUUACGAUACUUACAUUCCGCGGGGCUUACAAAGUAAAAAUGGGAAAAGAGAUAAGAAUAUAUCGGAAUAGAGCGGAAUAUGACGCUUUACUGAGUGGGAUAACGGGGGGCUAUAUACCGAUCAAACCGAUUGGGUUCAUAUCGAACGGUUGUGAAUCGAUCCGAUUAUUGGUGGGUUAAUGUUUGCUAGUUGUUUGAUGAACCUAAAGUUUGUAUUUAAAAUGGGGCACAAUUCUGAAAUAGCUAUGAAUUUAAUAUUCGCCUUACCUCGAUACUGGGUACGAAUUUCAUGCCAACUCGUCUUAAGAGCUGGCAGCACCAGAUAGCAGUGAGACAUCGUGGGUGUAAAGACAUGCGUCAUUUAAGCAACUUUGCAUACUUGAAUUAUUCGAGAAAUAAUUAGACUACUUUUUGGAAAAAGCCAAUUUUUUUUCCUUUAAUUUUUACAAAAAUUUAUAAUAUAAAAACUAUGAUACCUACAAAAUUCUUGUCGAAGGAUGAAAUGUAGGAAAGUGUUUAAAUUUUUACAAAAAAAAUUGCCGACAUAAAAGUUAUUUUAAAAAUUUUCAUCAUUUUUCUCAAAAACGUAUUUUUCUAAAUUCCCAAAAAUAUAUAUGUAUAUCAAUAGCCCUUACAAUUUCCAACAAGUCGUCCAUACGUCGGAAGAUGGGGGCUUUUACAGGGAAAAAGUUUUUCUAACAACAACUUUUUUAUAUUUUCUUUGAAAAAAUACAACCAAUCCUAAUUUUGUUUAAAGUCAAGAUAGCGAUAUAGUGCAUUCGACAAAGUUUUAGAUCUCAUUAAAAUAUGAACUUUUGUCGAAGACGUCAACUUUCUAUCUGUUAUAGUUUUUGGAAUAUAAGUCAUUUUUGUAUGAAGACUCCUGAAAAAAAAAAUGUUUUGCUCGUAACAUUUUUGUGUGUAAAUUCUCACGUCUGACAUGUGACUUGUUGUUAAUUUAAAGGGCUAUUUAUAUCUAUUUUUUAAGAUUUUUAAAAACACAAGUUUUCGAGAAAAAUUAAUUUUAAUUUUCAAAAUAUUUUAUUUUCAAUGAUAUUUUUUUUGCAAAAAUUUGUUCGAUAUUUUUUAAUGAAAACCUUAGUAAUUUCCUACAUUUUAUUCUCUGACCAACUUUUUGUAUAUCUCAUAGUUUUAAAAUUAAGAUCUUUCGAGAAAAAAGUUGAUGAAACUCAAAAUUUAAAAAAAAAACUACAAAAAAAUCUAUCAGACCUACAAAAUUUUAGUCAAAGGAUGGAAUGUAGAAAAUUAUUUUGGUUUUCAUUAAAAAUUAUCUGAUGAAAAUGAAUUUUUCAUUGAAAAAAAUAUUUGAAAAUUAAAAUUCAUUUUUCUCGAAAACAUAUAUAUUUAAAAUUCAGAAAAAAAAGAUAUAAAUAGCCCUUAAAAUUUCCAACAUAUUUUCCAUACAUCGGACGAUGAGCACAUUUACAUGGAAAAAGUUUAUCGAACAACAACUAGUUCAUGUUUUUCUUUGAAAAAAUUCUAUUAAUGUUCAAUUCGUUACAUUUUUAUGUAUAAAUUAUCGCAUUUUACAUGCUCUGCUAACUUUUCUCUAUUUAGAAACAUGUCAAGAACAUGUCAAACGUGAGAAUUUACACACAAAAAUGUUACGAGCAAAACAUUAUUUUUUCAGGAGUUUAUAUUUUAACAAGAUCUAAAACUUUAUCGAAUACCUUAUAUCGCUACCUUGACUUUAAACAAAAUUAGGAUAAGUUGUGGUUUUUUUCAAAGUUGUUGUUGUUGCUCGAAAAACUUUUUCCCUGUAAAAGUGCCCAUCCUUCGAUGUAUGGAUGACUUGUUGGAAAUUGUAAGGGCUAUUCAUAUAUAUAUUUUUGGGAAUUUUAAAAAAAUACGUUUUUAAGAAAAAUGAAUUUUAAUUUUUAGAAUAACUGUUUGGUCAGCGAAAUUUUUUUCCAAAAAUUUUUUGGUAAUAUGUUGCGAAAAUUUAAACAAUUUCCUACAUUUCCUUCUUUUGACAAGAAUUUUGUAGGUAUCAUAGUUUUUAAGUUAUAAAUUAUUGUAAAAAAUUAAGGAAAUAAAUUUGGCUUUUUCCAAAAAGUAGUCUAAUUAUUUAUCGAAUUUUUCAAGUAUGCAAAGUUGCUCAAAUGACCCAUGUCUUUACACCCACAACGUUUCACUACUAUCUGAGAUGGUGCUGCCAACUCCUAAGACGAGUUGGCAUGAAAUUCGUCUUUUGUUUCGCUCGCUCGUAUUAAUCUUAUAUUGUUGUACCAUGGAUAUUAUACAAAUGCUUACCAAUAUUUGUGAGUCAUGACAUUUUCUGUUAUGUUAUGUCUUAUUUAAUGUCAUAAAUCGGGAUGACAAAACAUGAGCUAAAAAUCAAUUUUGGGUGUAGAAACCCACUCCGGGUGUCACCAGGUCACGCCACUGCUUCGAUAUUUUCCAUUGCUCCAACUAUUGCUCUAUUUGACUUUUGACGUAGAACUACGUCUUUCAUUAAGGGUGCCAAAUCAGAAAACAGGUCACGUUUUUACGAAAUAAAGUUAACGUUAAUAACUAUUUUUGCCGCGAACGGAUAUUGACGAUUUACAUACCAAACGAAUCGUAAAUUCCCUAAGAUUUGUUUGAUAUUCUAUACAUCACAAUCCCCUGGUGUGUAAAUGGUUAAAAUUCAUGAAAACUAUAAGCGUUUCCAUUUUCCCAUGCAUUUGUUCUACUGAUUUGUGUGCUUUCCCGAACAGAGCUGUUAAUAACGAGCAACUUAUCGACGAGCAACGAAGGGGAAAUCGUAAGAUUUAAAGUCUCCGUGAACAAAGGAAAGGAAGAAGAACGAAGGGGAAUAUUUGCCUAGAAUGUAAACAGUGUAUCUCGCUGAGGCAAACUUUCAGUCUCGUUCUGUUUUCAAAGCAAUGAAGAUAGCUUGUUCUUCCUUGUUUUGUGUCAUUACAUGCCUUCGUUUCGGGUUGAGCUGUACACUCGACUUCGCUGAUGUCUCUGGAAUUGCAAUCAUUGCAUCAAUCUGACGCCAUUACAUUACAUUACAAAAUAAAUGUUCUGGAAUUUGGUCUGUGAUUUAGUUUCACGUGGCGGUAGCAAAACUCUCUCCAUCAAGGAUGCAGCUAAGCUAAUCUAGAACGGCAAUAUUAACAGAAAGGAGACAGAACGGAGAUAAGUGUGUGUAUAUUUAGUCGCUUCAAGCCAUCGAAAUAUGCAUAUUCACGUGUGCAGAUGCGUCAUGAACCUUACGUAAAAAUAGCGCGUGAAUCGACUGUAUCUGAGCGUUCGAGAUAAAUUUUUAAAUGCAUUGACAUGAAACAAAUUGCGACAUACAAUCAGCUAGUGUAUUUUUCUGCGAGGGCAAGAAUAAAUCAUCAAUCAAUUAUCGUCAACUGAUUCUACAAUAAAAAAAUUCAGGGCGAUCAAACUAUUCUACUAAACAGUUAUUUCUAAAAUUUCACAGCAUUAUAAAAUAAUAUCCGAAGUUAUUAACAAGCGACUUUUAUAAAACAACAGCGUAGUUCUACGGCAACAAUGCGGUCGUAUCUUGGACACAACCUGCUAUAAUUUUUUCUUUCUUUGACUGCUGCUGAUGUAAUCGUAAUGUAAUCGAUCCCAUUGAAGCACCUCUCCAUCAUAUCGGCAGCUUGCCAAAUCUGGUCAAAACUUCACCAGACCAUUGUAAUUGCCCAAUUUUUUUUUUUGUGGAUGUCCAAAACCAAAUUAAUUCUCGCGACUUCCAUGCGGCGUAACUUUUUCAAAACAAAACGUGAAAUUUUUACUGUCGAAAGGUUCAGGUUUUCCAAACAAUUCACCGUCAAAAUAUUUCAGAUACGCCUACUACGACCGCUGCUAUGAAUUGUACAGUUAUUCAGGAUUCUAACUGAAUCAAACAUUUCAGACGGUGCGAGUAAGCAUACGAAUUGGUCUAGUCAGCUAGUGCAGUGCAGCUACUCACACCGUGUGAACACAUCAUGCCAGUUAGUGUCAUGUGUGAUCCGGCGUGCGAGCUACUUCAAAGUUUUUUGAAUUUACUCGCACUCGCAUCUCUCAAAACGUCAAAAACAGAAUUUAGCGUUCGAAUCAGGGAUGCCAAAUGUGAAGAAAUGUCUCUAUUUUGAAAAUUGAAAAUUAUUGGAAAAACAAAUAAAACCCUCAUAGUUUCUGAACGAAAUCGUUGUUAUUUUGUUUUGCACGCUGGCAUGGUACGCUUUCUUUUUGAGAUAGUUUUCUUGAGAAUCUCUUAUAUAGAAUCAUUAUCAGACACAAUUUUCAUCCGAAAUUCACUCACAACUUGCAAAAAAAAAAAUUCUGAGAAACAGAAUACAAGUUUGAUUAAAAAUAUACAUUUUCAUUCAUUAUUUUAAUUUUUGACGCGUAUUUAUUCCACCUGCAAAUCUACUAUCAGUUUCAUUUCACAAAUUGGUACACGAAGCUGCUGGCAAGGCGAAAUGAAUAAAAUUUUAAAAAAUCUUUAAGAUUGCCAUUUGUAGCAUCACAUACUUCCGGAAUUAUGUUAGCUAUGGAUGCUUUCGAGAUUCUAAAAAAUAUCGACAACAAUCUGAACGAUAUUCCAGAAGAAAGGCACAUCAAUGUCGUUUUUUAAUUUCACUCUUGCAGGUAUAGCAUCCCUCAUGAGUGUAUCUUUGGCAAAGAGACCCAACAGUGUUUCCACUUAUUCAGGUGUUUUUCUCAACACUGCUCUGUACUCUAGAGGAUCAUCACGGUAGAGUUCCUUCAAUAUUGCAUUUGUUGCUCCUUUUCCUUGCAUACAAUUCCUGUCCCAAAUCCUUUUGCCUUUCUGCUUUAUCGGGUAGUACCUUCAGUUCGAAGAAACUCAGCACAAAGUAUUUUUGUACACGAUCAGCGUGUAUUUCGCGAUACAAUUGUGUAAUGAUAAAUGCAACUGAAAACCUGAGACGAAAACUGCCAAUAGAGAAGUCGAUUUCGGAUCAAUCAUCUGUCAAAUUCGGACCUGAUUGCAGUUUCUGACUAUUUGAUGGACAUUUGAAACAUCAUUUGGCAUCCUUAGUAAGCCAAUGCUGUAGUAUCUAGUUUCUCGUCAGCAGCUCACACUGUGUGAACGGACAAGGCGAGUCAACCAAUUGUCAAGCGAGUUCACCGGCCCAGUAGCUGCUCACUGUCAGGUCAGCUACUAGCAACGCAUAAAUGGGCAUUUAGUCGCGAACAACUUGAAGUUAGUGGGGUCACAUACUUCCUUCAGAAAGCGAAAUGAUUUACUGGGAUUGAGACACUAUUGAAAUCACACACGAAAAUCAAAGAAAAAUAAAUUACGGAUAGAUUUGGAACAUAUAAUGAAGGUCUAGCCUAUCCAAAACAUCUUUUCAUCAAUUUUUCUGGCUACAAGAUAUCGUGAUAACAUUGGUAUGCGUUACAAUACAUUGGUUCGGACAAAGUUCAUCCGAAAGAGCAGCGGGUACGAAUAAAAUCAAGAAUCAAGACUUUAUAAUCAAGCUUUAAUGCUGACCUACCACAGACCCAUCAUCGCUGCCAGUUAGCAAUGGUAUACUGACGAACUGAAGAAUAAAAUUUACAGAGCUAAGGCUAUUAUUCUAACAUUGUUCAACAGGUCAUGAGGCGACGCUGUCUAACAGCCAGUGAAUAACAGCCACUUGUCUGUUUGAUUACGAGUUUAAUGCUGGCCGUAGAGUAAAGAACCGUUGAAAAACGAUAACAGAUAAAACUAUUUCAGUGAAAUUCGCUUCAGAAAAUCACUUUUUCUACAUUGCAUCUUGUUAAUACAGGUUUCACUUCGAUACUCUUUUCUUGUAUAAAAAUGGAAUUGAUCGUAUCUAGGUUAUUUCAUCACAGAUGUGUCCUGGUAGCAUUCAACUAAUCAUUUGUUUUAGUUUUUCAAAUCAAUAAGACUACAGAUAGAACAUCAUACUAGGAAAUAUUCAGUGACCGCUAUCCAGCCGAAGUCACAAACAAUCGUAUAAAACUAAUCGAAUCUAGAUUAUUAAAUAUUUCGAUGAGUUGUAACUAUUUGAACAUUGAUAAUUUUUUGCUAGUCCCAUUCUUUUUAUUUCUAUCCCCUGUUAUGUUCCGGAUUCCUGGUUCCAACAAAUGCAUAAUGGUACAAUGAUUUUAUUAACACAAUAUGCAGUACAUUGUCCCGACUGUUUCCUCCGCAUCACAAACUACGUCAAACCCCUUACAGUGCUCUAAUGAAAUCAUUGCCAUUGCGUGUUGAUAAACUUCGCGAUAACCCAACACUUGCUCCCACCAUUCCCCUCCUUCGGAUGGGCCGGGGAUCCCAAGGUGUGAAUCGCACUAGUGCGAGAUUGCCCCCACCUGCCCCGUCACUUAGAACGUGUAUAUAUAGUUGUAAUAAUGAGCAUUAGGCACAUGACACGAAUUAUUGUGCCGCUCACUAUUAAGUGUUAAUGAUCCGUAAAUAUGUGUUCCGCCCGGUGCCUCCAGCCAACCUCUCCGUGAUGUGUUGGAGAGUUACAGAGCAGACGACGAUGGCACCAUUUUGAGCGUAUCCAACGACGGUUUCAAUGGACAAAAACGUGACAAUGGACUCCCGACUGCGCAACAUAGUCGCAGAAUGGGAGGGUAACAGAACGACCCGCCAGUAAAGAGGUAACGGUAACGACUAUUGGUCUAGCUAAUGAAUUAUUCAGCGGGGAAUUAGUGCGAAGCGCUAUGGUGGUAUGUCAUGGAAAGUAAUUGAAUAGAAGAAGAAAAAACGAUUGAUAGAAUUAGAAUUCUUAUUUUGCUCUCAUUGAACUCAUAUAAACAAUUUGAAACAACAAUCAAAAUCCACCGGAAACUAUUACGUCCGUCGAAUGGUAUACUAUGAUAAAAAAAAACGUAAAAAUGACAUGAAUAUAAAUUUAUAUUUUUCUACAAAUUACCAAACUAGCAUUCAAUCGUACAAAACACAACGAGCGAACACACGACCAAGAAAACAAACAACAUCCAAUCGUGAAUCCACAUAAUCACAUUAGAAACACUCACACACGAACACAUACUUAGAAACAUGGACCGAAACCCGGGCGCCACCAUUAAUGUUUUAUUUUCCACCUUUUCUUGACCGUUUGUGUGGGAAAAUGUGAAGGGGGAGGGCGCCAAAUCUGGUAGCACUGUUCUGGUGGCGGCAGCCUCUGUGGCACAGUAAGCCACGGUAAAUAAGAGAACAUGUCAUGCCCCAAAAUCGCGAAAAUGCACAGCAGCAGAGCAGAGCAGAGCAGAGAGGGAUAAAGAAGCGCUGCCCACUAGAUUAAGGCACACGCCUGCCUCGAUGAACCAAACCACAGCGCUAAUUCUAUUAAUGCAGCAUGCAACAUUUUUUAUCCUGCGCCUUCCAGAGUGAGCUUCCCAUUCGCAGUGGGUGGUUGGAGGUGGUAGCGAAAUUGUAUUUCAUUCGAUGCACUUCCGACUGCAUCUUUCUCUGGCCUGCCUUUCCUUCUGGCACUAUGAUGAUCUGCGCAAUCCGGUGAGAUUUUUUAGUAGGUCAAAGUAAUCCUCCAGCGUGAGCAGCACAAGGUUUGAAAGUAGGUUUGCCCCCGUAAGUAAAUUGGUGUGUGGCAAACUUUCGUUUCGAUAGGUGGCUUCCGAUUUGUAUAGUGCUGUGUGUCGAUACAUUAAAGUGGUUCACGGAAAAGGAACCCGGAAUUAUUUACUGCCACACGAGCAAACAUUUUCCAUACUACUAGAAGCAUGUCAGGAGUCAUGUUUGGAUGAAGCGCCAAAACAAGUGAGCAACUUAUAUAAAUCCCAAUUAUAUUUGUGCUUCAAGCUGAGCGAAAUGUCUGAAAAACCUACACAAUCUGAUCUAAUCCAAUGCUUUCCGGAGAUGGAAAUUUAAUGAUUAUCAGCAUGUAAACUUGCAGCUUACAAUUACUCGCAAAAUGGCGUGUAUUAUCAUACAAUUUCCUUGCAAUUUCUUGUCAGAACCAUUUUUCUUCCUAAAACCUCCUCCUCUUCAGACGGGUAAAGAGACGAGUGCGCAACAGUGGAGACAGUUGGCUGAAAUGAAUAAUAUCCCUUCUGUGCCACCACUCUCUUCGUCUCUACCCCAGAAAACAUAUAACCUCCGGCACCGCUUCGGCACGAACGUUGUAAAUAUAGCCUAAUGUUUCAAGAAGCAUGCUUUUGCCAUAAGCUUUCGAUCGUCGAGCACACCGAAAUGAUUCCAAAUGCGACACCAAGAAGCUUCUCGUCGAGGCCGAGGCACACAAUCUCAUUAGUAUUCCACCCAGGAAUGUGCAAUCUGAUGUACUGAAUUUUAUAGACUUUAAACUUACGCUCGCAUUCAACGUUUAUCCGCUCCAUGCCCCCAGCAAUCCCCCGCAAACCGACCGAUCAUGUUAUUCCUUAUCAUAAUCAUCAUAUUUUCUUCGGUCCCAAAGUACCGGUUCACCUUUCUCUAUUCCGCCGAUAUGAGGGCACAUAUCGGUGAAUGGAAUCUAGGACAAAACGUUGGUUCUUCGUAACGAAAGGAAGCCACACCGUCACCGGAAUGAAUAGUCAUAUAUUCAGACUCCCCUAACACAACCCCUUUUCCCACCCUUUCUCACACACAAACAUCAAUCAACCGACACCAAACAUGUUUAUUAUUGGUACUAACGAGAACCCGUCGUCAUCGUCGUCGUCGUCGUUCAACGAUGAUGAUUAGACUAAUUCCAUCGUCCAAUUAUACUGCGAUAUCGAGUCGAGACACACGGAACAGACACACUUUUUGCUGAAUACAAUCGGAAUCUCUUUGUGAGAAAAUAUAAUUUUGUACAUCAUGUCUAAUGCAGGUAUUAACGUCUUCCUAUGCUAUGCUGUCUAUUAUAAUUAUUACAAGAUACAACAAGAAAAAAAAAGUAACAAUGUAUUAUUAUGGAUUAUUGAUAAAGAAGAAAGCAGAACAAAAAAAUAUUAUAUAAAAAUAUACAUUGAAAAAGAUAAAAAAGCAAAAGAAAAAUCGGUGGGAUGGGAAGCACAACUCAUGCAACACAAAAAAAAGUGAAACUAUAUAUAGUUUUGGCGACGAAAGAGAUGAAGCUGAGAACAUAGUUUUUAAGUAUUAAGAGUAUAUCGUGAGUGCUGCGAAUUACCACCACCACUCAGUCGGACAAGUGAAAGAGAUAAGCUGAGUGAAAAAGGGGCGGGAUAAGGCGGAAAGAAAAAAAAAUUACCAGAAAUAUUUAUAUGAAAUUAUAUAUACUAUAUAUUUAUAAAGUGUACGAAAUCGAAUCCAAAAACUAUACUGAACGGGAAGAAUGUACUGUUGAUGUGUUGGAAGCUGCAGAGAUGCUAAAAGAAGAUUCGUCGUUGCACAAGCUAGGAGAAAAUAAAGACAAACAAAGGACACGAGAACCACAAUAAGAUGGGAAAACUAAACUAUGCAAAUCAGAGACAUAAAAAUCGAAAUCGAAUGUGUUGUACCGUAAACAAACAAAAAAAAAAUGAAGAAACAAACAAAACCAACUAAAAAGCGAAAAUGAAAGUCAAGAAUAAAAUUUCAGCUUACUUAAUGUACAAUAUUGGGUAUAAAAUAAAA